GCCGCGGCGGGCGGCGGUGCAGCGCUGCAGCAGCGCUGCCGAGCGGGGUCGCUGACCGGGGCGGGGCGCAGCGGCGGCCGGAGAGGGCCGCGGACGGCCCGCAGCAGACGCCGGCAGAGCAGACCGAGACGGCGGCCGACCACCGACCGCAGCAGCGCUCACACAGAAAAAAGAAAAUGGAGGGAAGGUUACGCCUCAAAGCGAGCAAAGGCCGCCUCGUAUUGAUGUUUUUAAUCGCCUCGGCAGUCAUUUUGUGCUUCGCCGUAAUCCUGCCAGGCGACCCUCUGUCGCGGCCGGUGCCGCGCACCUACGGCGACCUGCUGCGCGGGCCGCUGGUGCUGGGUCAGGACGACCCGGUGCUGAUCGCGGCCGUGCGGGACGUACUCGACGGGCCCUCCUCGGAGCCGUACCAGCUCCGCUUCCCCGAGCAGAGGGACAGCUCGCAGAGCGGCCAGCAGGCCCACCUGCUGGACAUCAUCGGCAGCAGGAAUUGGACCGGGGUGCUUGUGGAAGCGGAGGACACCAACUAUCAGCGCCUGCUGGCCAAGCACAGGAGGGCCCGCCUCCUGAACGCCUGCCUCGCACCGACGCCAUACCCGCAGCAGCUGGCGUUUGAACAUAUCCCGGGUACAUUAAUAUCAUAUGUGUUCCCCGGGUUUACCAGAGAAGACUUGGAUGACAAAAUGCGUCUGAAGCAGUGUUACCCGCUCUACUCGAUUUUGGCGGCUGCGGGACUGACUUCGUUGGACUUUCUCAGUCUGGAUAUCGAGGGCAUUGAUCACCUCGUUCUCAAGAGCUUGCCAUGGAAAAAGGUCGAUAUAAAGAUGGUGAUGGUCGAGUACGUUACUCCGGGGACCGUCUUCCCCAACGGGUCGUUCAAUCCAGAGUUCGAGAAGCCCAUCAAGGACAUUAUGUUCGCCAAUGAUUAUGUGCUGGCAAAACAAUUACCUACCGAUAUGAUAUUUGUGAAGAAUGGAAGUGUGUUUGAUAAAUCAUAAUACAUAGUAAUUUGUA